AUGCCGCGCUUUGCGCGCCUUGCGUGCCUGUUGGCACUGCUUUGCCCGUCGGAUGCCGAAGGCCUGGGCCCGCAGGACCAAGCUGGAGCCAAGUCGGAGACAAAGCGCGGGGAGGGUCACGGCCAGAGCAGCGUCCACGGUGACGGGCUCGCACCGGUGAAGCUGCCAGCGCAGCCACUUCUGCUUCCCAGGGCAGCGGCACACCGCUUGGAAAGGAUGUGCAGUUCGGAGCCGUUGACAAAGUCCCAUGCAGUGGAAAGCUGGGUGAAGCAGCGCUUCCAGUUGCUGGGCGUCCCACCGAAGCACAGCUUGCCAGAGGAGCACCGAAAGCUGGGAGAGGCACUGGCAGUGCUGGCAGCUGCAACGCCGGCGCUCGGGCGACUCGGGCCUUUGCUGGUGACCUGGACCACCGGUGAAAGGAGCUUCGUGAAGCAGGUCCUCAAUCUUGGGUUGUCCAUUCGACGCAAUGUGCCACAUCUGGAGAAGAGGUUUGUUGUCGUGGCGAUGGAUCGAAGGGCACACAAAGAAGUGAAAGACUCCGGGUUCCAAUCCGUCCUGCACGUGAAAGAAGCCGAAGCAGACGAUCUGUCAGACCUGAUCUGGAAGUUCCGCUGGCAUCUUCUGCUAGUAGCUGUUAGGUAUGGGCUGCGACUGGCAGUCGUCGACUCUGAUGUUGUCGCAUUUCGAGAUCCUUUUCCUUUACUUGGCCAUGAUGCUGACAUGGAGAUUGCCACGGAGCAUUUCUGGCCGGAGAAGCAUUUGUGGAAAGGCUGGGUACGGCCCGAGGAUGACCUGAGCACCGGCUUCAUUUUCGUCCGCCCAUCUCCGACUCUGGACACCUUCCUGGAUGCCUUCCUGGCAGCAAAUGCAAAUCAAUCGCUGCCUGGUGGACUUCUGCGAGACCCCUUCGAUCAACGUGUGUUUAAUAAGUUUGUAAGGGGCACCGCUGCUCGGUGCAAUCCGUGUGUUCAAGGGCUCUUCAACGACAUGGUUCUGCAAGUGUCGCCAGGUGUAGCGGGACGAACUUCUGAAGAUCAAUUACGUUUGCGAGUUCUUGAUCCUCGGGAGGUCGUGGCCAAUGGGGUGAAUUUCUUUUGGCGGAAAGCCCAUCUUCAAGGCGAAAAGCCAACGAUGCCGGCUCUCGCUCAUGCCAACGGAGUCGGGCCGAAAGAGUACUUUCUCCAAGACCGGGGUGCCUGGUACUUGGAUGAUCUCAAGGAGCGCUUUGGCCCCGCUCCUCGCUUCUUCUUUUACCGUCAUCCGUCGAAUCUCUCCUUGAAGGAAGACUUCGCACAUCUGGCUGGGGCUUUGGAAGUUGCACGGACUCUGGGGCGUCGUCUCAUCCUCCCGAACAACAUGAACUGCCAGAAUUGUCCAGCUUUUGAGGCAUACGGCUUGAACAUCAGUCUUGGCGGCACAUGCACUGUGGACUACUUUGCGUAUAUGUUCCGCUUCUACCAUGUGCAUUCAGCAGAGGUGGUGCCUGCUGGCACAGGUGUCGAUCCGGGGUUUGAAGCGUUGUGGGGCAAGCCAGUGAAGCUCGCAGCUGACGCCGAUGCGGCAAUGAGCAGUCGCAUAGAGCAUCCCGUGGUCUAUUUCCCGGGGGAUGUACGUGAACUCCGCGAUGCUCUUCUCGCCAAAGGCACGCUGCGAAGGAAUGAGUGCAGCUAUCAUGAAUGGCCUCAUCGGUUCAUGGCUUGCCGUGACGAGGCCUUUGUACGGCAUCAUGGGGUGCCCUGCCAGUCGUCAGCUGGCCAAUCUGGAUGCGGCGCAGAGGGGUUCGUGUGCUGCUGGUCGCAUCAUGGCCGCGCUGAUCGCUUGGAGUACUACACCGACGUACCCUGGGACUUGCCGUGUGACUGUGGGUUGACCUGUCCGGGCGUGCCCUCCUCCAAUCCCGGAGUCCGCUGUUGCGGCAAUGGUUCGGCUCAGUGUACAUGGGCUGCUGAAGCUAACCCGGUGCCACCUGCACCAACGAAUCCUGACAAGGACCUUCCUUUCGCAUCAUCGUCGGUGCUGGAGUCGUUUGCGGCGGGGAACCUUUCUGCUGAGCAGGUCCUGAGCAUUUGCCUGGCUCACCGCAGUGUCUACUUCAUCGUACGUGAGCCUCUAGAUGGGGUGCCCGAAGCAGACUGCAACGCCCUGGUCAGUGCUUAUGUCAUUGGUCGAAGAGAGUGGGAGGCCGCGAGGCGAUGGUGGCGAUUCUCUCUGAAGCUUCGACGACGCGACAAAUCACUCUCUGUUUCUGUGGCGAGCGGUGAACCUGACCAGCUGAUCCUAAACUUUGGCAAAGUCAAACAUGACGAAGAUCAGCUUGGAUUUCUCGUUCAGAGCAUCCCCGAGCUGAGCAAGCAUCUAGAGAAAACAACUGCGCUGCGGCGAGAGCUGGGUCGAUAUUUAGCAGGUACCCGCGAUCGAACUGCUCUGGUGCAGGCUGCCAUGGCUGCGACAGACACGACAAACCGUGCUCUUCACGUUCCAGACGGUUUCCAAUUGAGUCCGGAGAAUACAGAGCAGACAAAACGGAUGCUGACGGUGGCGGCCAGGCAGUUCUACGAGAGCCCGGUGCAAUCACCGAUGAUGCAACCGGCAGUGCAUAGCAACCUGUUGCCCUCUGAGGUGCUUGUCAGCAUCUCCGGUCUGCUUCGUGCCUCCACUGUGUGGUACCACACGCUUGGAGGAGGCAUAGCCUUGGAAGCACAACUCCGUGACGGCCUGCAUGCAGCGCCUUUCUUGGAACUUGGCCUACUCCUUUCGGAAGCGCUCGGAGGCUUGGCACUCACGGACAUCAGGGCGAGGACUUACGUCGAUGCGAAGCCAUUCUCGAACUUGGGGCUUGAAUGCUUUGCAGCUGAUGUUGCCGCCGUGCUCCUGCUUGGCCCUGGUAACUUGACGUUGAGAUCUGUGUCCGACGACAGCUUUCCGCUUUGUGAUGUUUCUGAACAUGGCAACAUGACUUCCCUGCUUCGCAUGGACCGGGCACAGUGGUCCAUGCGAGAUUCAGGAGUGGAGGCCGGUGGUCUGGCUUUGAUACGUGCCGGCCAGUGGUGCGAAAUUCUGAUGCAUCCAGUUGCUGCCGGCUUCGCUGAGAACCCGAUGCUUCUUUUCUUCCACUUCGGCGCUGGUCCUGAAACUCGGAGGCAGGUGACCAGAGAGAAGCCAGACAAAGCUCUCAUGGAUGAGCUGGCGAAGGUCCGAGGCGAUCUUCGGAAGAUUCAGGACGAACUCCACACCUCCCAGAUCGAGUGCAAGCGAUUGGCAGCAUCGGAGAAGUUGGCUCGGGAUCAAUUGGAAAAGACAGAGGAGUUGAGGAGCAAAGCUGCACGACAGGGCUCGACGGCGGAAGACGAGAUCCGAACGCUGCGGCAGGCCUUGGAAGAGAAGGAAGCGAGCCUGAAGGAGCUCGAGGAGUCGACGCAGAGCAAGGGCGCGCACUCGGCCGCGGAGCUGAAGCAGCGCGCAGCAGAGCUGACAGAGGCACAGAAGAGAGUCAAUGAUUUGACCGCUGAUCUGUCCAAAACGAAGGAGGAGCUGGCAGCAGCACAUGCACAGAUCAAGGGCUUGCAAGACAAGCUGGAAGAGGCAGCCAUGCCAGCGCGUUCUGUCCCGUGGCGGCAUGUGAUCGGCCAAUGUGCCAUGGCAGGCCAUGAACUCCGUAGUCAGGGGCCUCAGAAGCCGGAAGUCAUCGUCAUCUGCGGAGAUGGCUCUCAGCGCAGACCCUCCCAGGCCCAAAAAGAGGCGUCAAAGACAAAGGUCAUUGACCCGGCCAUGGAUGAGAACCUGCGAAAGGAAUUGGUGCCACCCCCGAGCAUGGGAGCAGGGCACGGCCACAGGGCUCUGGACUUGCGCCUUACUGCAGAUCUUGACUCGCUUGCGCAAUUGGGUACUGAAGAUGAGCAGCCAGCCCAACCAAGGGCUCUCGCUCUGAAGACCAUCAAGCUGCUUUGCACGAUUCUGGGUCUGGGUGCCGUUCUCGUCGUGUGCCUUGUAACGCUGGGGGCUGCCAGGACCAGCUGGAGGCCUUUGUCGCCUCGGAACGAGGCCCUGCAGCAGCAGGCGGAGCCGCCUUCCUCGGAGCUGCAGCUCUGGAAACCACCACUUUGGCACAAGGAUUGGCAAGGCAACGAUGUGAAGGAUUCCUGGGACCACUUCACAAUGCCAACAUGUGACAGCGGACCAGAGCCUGGUACAAUGAUCAAGGAAUCGGCGGCGGAGAAGAUGGGAGCAGGAGGUAAGCAUCGAAAGCUACGUGCGUCCAACACAACGGGGCAUUGGGUCUUGGCGCAGCUCGGCUUCCGCUUUCCGCGACUCUGCGACGGAGCUGAUGACCAAAACGUGUCGUCCAGCCACAGGGAUGUAAAAUGA